CCCCGCUCCUCGCCGGCGCAGUGGCGUGUGCGGCGGUUGCGCCUGGCGUUGGAGGAGGCGAAGGGUGGGGGUGGUGUUGGCGCCAUGGCGGAGGGCGAGGGUUUGCUCUCCGUGGACUACGAGGUGUCCGGCAAGGUGCAGGGCGUUUUCUUCCGCAAGUAUACCCAGGGGGAGGCUAAAAGGCUCGGACUUGUUGGUUGGGUCCAAAAUACGAGCCAUGGCACCGUGCAAGGGCAAGUUCAGGGCCCAGCUGCCAGGGUGCGGGAGCUGCAGGAAUGGCUCAGGAAGACGGGAAGUCCCCAGUCCCGCAUCAGCCGAGCAGAUUUCAGGAACGAGAAGAAGAUUGAGGCGCUGGAGCACGAUGACUUCCAGAUCGUGAAAUAGCUUUGCCCAGGAAGAAGCAAAAUCUGGAUCAUGAGCUGCUCUCACGACACCUGUACUUAGGCAAUCUUAAUCUCUGGAGAACUUUUAUUUUAUUAAAUUUCUAAUUUAUUGGUUUGUUGUACUCUCAGUCUAACUUUCAACCUUUCACAAAGCUUUGGCAGGUGGAGGAGAGUGGGCUGGCAUUGUUGAAAGAGCGGCCUUUGGGGCACAGCCUCUCGUUCUGUCUGUCCAGUGCUGGUUUUCAGUGGCUGUACCCGGGCAAAAUUUACAUCUGUGUAGUGUUGCGCUUGCGUGAAGGACAGCAGGGGAAUUGCUGAAGAUGUUAUUUUGCGCUCUAAAUGCCUUAGACAGAAUUUACUUUGUUCCACGGUUUAUUUCUUUAGAAUAAAGCUGCUUUGAGGAUGUUU